CGCACCAUUUUCCUGCUUGAAGGCGGAGUUUGACUGUUGGGCAAUAUUUGGAAAACUAACAGCCAGACCCCAGUUUCCACAGGAAAAGAAAAAAAAUGGGAAACCGAGAUGAUGAAUACGAUUAUUUAUUCAAAGUUGUGCUGAUCGGAGACUCCGGGGUGGGCAAGAGCAACCUGCUGUCACGCUUCACCAGAAAUGAGUUCAACCUGGAGAGCAAGAGCACCAUCGGGGUGGAGUUUGCCACCCGCAGCCUGCAGGUGGACGGCAAGACCAUCAAGGCUCAGAUUUGGGAUACGGCCGGACAGGAACGCUACCGAGCCAUCACCUCGGCGUACUACCGGGGAGCGGUGGGCGCUCUACUGGUGUACGACAUCGCCAAGCACCUGACCUACGAGAACGUGGAGCGCUGGCUGAAGGAGCUGAGGGACCACGCCGACAACAACAUUGUCAUCAUGCUGGUGGGGAACAAGAGCGACCUGCGACACCUCAGGGCCGUGCCCACCGAUGAAGCGCGGGCCUUCGCUGAAAAGAAUACGCUGUCAUUCAUCGAGACCUCCGCCUUGGACUCCACAAAUGUGGAAGAAGCCUUCAAAAGCAUCCUCACAGAAAUCUACCGCAUCGUGUCCCAGAAGCAAAUAUCGGACAGAUCGAUGCACGAUGACUCUCCGGGCAACAACGUUGUGGACAUCAGUGUGCCACCCACCACCGACGGACAGAGGUGGAAUAAAACGGCGUGCUGCCAGAGCUUGUGAACUCUUCUUUUUUUUUGGUCCCCUUCUUGUUGUUCCCUCUCACUUCGACUUCAAUCCCAUUCCCAAUGACCCGGUCGCUUUGAGAGCGACGGUGAGGGGAUGUAAAAGUUUCUCCAUUCCCAGACAUUGGAGGUGUGGACUUGUACUCGAUGUCUCAGAGAAGACACGAUACCCGGUAACAGAGCGACCGUUACCGUCUUGACUCACAAGAAUGAAAGCCAUCCAGUUUUUCCAAGCACACACCAAAGCAAGACAAGUGAUUUCAUGUUAAAAAGCUUACAAUGCACCGGCUAUUAUGCUUUUGCAUGUCCAAUGAUUUCAAUGUUUAUCUUUUUUAUUUGACAUUUAUUCCGUCCGAUAACAUUUCAAUGGCUGCAUUUCAAUGGUAUGAUGAAUCGCACGCUCCCUUGAGCAACAUCCAGUAAUUGUUUGACCAGUGCAGGGAAGGAUUUGGAUGACUUAUUUGUGUCCGAUAUUUCUUGUGAAAUUUGCUGACGCGUCAAUAAAGCUCACGUCAAAUGUA